UUUAUUCGUCACUAUGUGGUCCACACACAUCGAUUUUAUUCGCCAUACCAUUUCCUCAGCUCACAACCAUGUCUGUGCAAGGUCGCCGAGGCAAUGCUCGUCUCCCCCCGGAAGUGAAUCGUGUGCUAUAUGUACGCAAUCUGCCGUUCAAAAUCUCGUCCGAGGAAUUAUACGACAUUUUCGGCAAGUACGGGGCCAUCAGGCAGAUCCGCUUGGGCGUCAACAACGACACUCGAGGCACAGCGUUCGUGGUCUACGAGGACAUUUACGACGCCAAGAACGCAGUAGACCAUUUGUCGGGUUUCAACGUCUGUGGUCGCUACCUCAUUGUGCUGUACUACCAGGCCAACAAGAUGCAGCAACGUAAGGGUGCAGUGGACAUUAACAAGCAGAAACAAGAGCUGCAGGACCUCAAAGACAAAUACGGCGUCGAAUGAAGAGGCUCAAACAGGAAACAGAGAUUCAGCUAAUUAUCUAUGCAUCAUCUAAGUUUUUUUUUUCGAUAAAAAAAACUAGCAGAUAAUUUGUUUAGUAUUGAGAAAUUCACAUGAAGAUGCGUUCUACUUUUUCCA